AUGGUGGCGUGCUAUAAGGGUUUUUUGGACAUUGUGCAAUCUCUUUACCACUGUCCCUACCUUGACAUAAAUCACCAGGACAACGAUGGCAACACAGCACUGAUGAUCGCUGCACAAGCAGGUCACACCAUUACAGUGACCUACAUCCUAAACUACUACCCCGGGGCAGACACAGAGAUCCGGGACUGCCGUGGCUUCACCGCACUCAUUAAAGCUGCCAUGCAGGGCCGAAACGAUGUGGUGUCUUCCCUCGUCAUGGCCGGUGCAGACCUAAAUGCAAUAGACACCAGGAAGCAGAAGUGUGCGCGGGACUGGGCACUAAAGACGGGCCGCUACGAGACCUUGAGCCGCCUCCGCCACCUCAACCUGCGGCCUAGAGCCGAGCAGUUUACUGAGAGCUACGUCCCCGAGUGGCCAGAACUGAAAGUGCUGGUGGCCAAAGCCACAGCCAACAAGAGCACCGGCCAGAUGAUCACCCAGCGCAUCAAGUCCACCUUCAGCUUCAAUUUUCUCCAAGACCCCCAGGACAACGGGGUCUUGGACCAUAUGGUGUGUAUCACCACCAGCAUCCAUAGCCCUUUGGUGGCCACCGCCUGCCGGCCGCUAUGCCCCACCAGCCCCCCCGAGGUGGGAAAGAGGCGCUUGGCCGUGCCUGAGCUGAGGAAGAAGCACUCAGAGAAGAAGCUGGAGGAGAGCUCUGUGUGCCACAGCAACGGCUCCGUCUCCUCCAUCAUUCCACACAUCCACUUGGCCGAGACCAUCGCCACGUCUUGCUGUGUGGACACAGAGCGCAGGGGCAGUAUUAUCUCUAUAGCCUCCACCGGGGUGCACACCUUCAUGCCCAGGAACAUGGCCCACAGGAAUAGUGUGUUCCCUUCCGGCUGCAUCCCCAAGAUCCAGAUAGAGAAGUCUGGAGAGCCCAUGCCUAGGAAGGAAAAAAAGAAGAAGAGGCACAAGGGUCACCUGGAGCUGCCCGUAUGGAAGUACAAAGCAGAGAAGCAAGAGAAGAAGGAGAAGAAGAAAGCAGAGAAAGAAAAGAGAAGGCCAAGAAAGAAAAAGAGAAGGCCAAGAAGGAAAAGGAAAGGAAAAAGAAGAGAGAGAAGUAGUGAGAUGUCUAAAGCUGCCAAUUUAUUUAGAUGCCACACAUUUCCAAUAACUUCCUAUAUAUUUUUCCUGGAGUUAUACUCCAAACAUCUGAAUUAUGAAGUACUGCUCAAAUUACUCAAAGGUUUGGACUCGGUUUUAUGGCCAAUGCAGUAAAAUGGAUUCUUUAAAGGCCAUCAUAUUCAUACUGCUUUGUAAAGUUUUUUUUUUUUUUACAGGAACAGUAAAGGCCCAGUGCACUACAUUUGUGAAAUUUUUAUAACUGAAUGUAUUCAAGUGUUUACCAGCAUUUGCAACUUGAGUCUGAUAAUUAUUUGUAUAAAACAGUUCAUCUGAAAAUACUUCUGGAAUAUACAGGAAAGUAUUCAGAAUAAUAAUUCUGGAAUAUACAGGAAAGCAUUCAGACCUCUUGACUUUUUGACAUUUUGUUAUGUUACAGCCUUAUUCUAAAAUGUUUUUUUUAUUUUUUUUAUUAUCCUCAGCAAUCUACACACAAUAACCCAUAAUGACAAAGCGAAAACAUGCUUUUAGAAAUGUUUGCACAUUUAUUAAUAUAUAAAAAACAGAAAUACCUUAUUUACAUAAGUAUUCAGACCCUUUGCUAUGAGACUCCAUAUUAAGCUCAGGUGCAUCCUGUUUCCAUUGUUUUUUAUUUUUACCUUUAUUUAACGAGGCAAGUCAGUUAAGAACAUAUUCUUAUUUUCAUGACGGCCUAGGAACAUUGAUUGAAAAGGCACACACCUGUCUUUAGAAGGUCCCACCAAUUGCUUUGGCAUUAUGGGGUACUGUAUGUAGAUCGAUGAGGAUUUUUUUUUAAAACUUAACAAAAUGUGGUAAAAGUUAAGGGGUCUGAAUACUUUCCGAAUGCAUCUUUCACAAUGGUUUAUUUAUACAAUAAAGUCACCAACACACAUAUAUA